AUGAAAGAAUCUUAAAUCUUUUUUACCCUAACUAAACAAGUAAAUUAUGGAGAGGCCCUCUAUUUAGUCUUCGAUUUCACCAAUUGGGAUUUAACAAAAGCUGUACGGAUGGAAUGUUCAAUGAAUGAUCAUUGGUCGAAAGUUAUUGAAAUCUCUUGUUCUUCCUUUGAAUACAAGUAUGUGAUUGGACCUUACGACAACAUAAUACAGGAGGAUGUAGUGUGGGAGGAAGGACCCAACAGAUCCUCUGAAAACUUGAAGUUGUUGGAAAUGAACCAGAGUAAAAUUUAAUUGGAUGAUGUUUGGGAAAAAAGAAAUUUGAUGUUCUUCUUACUUGACACAAAAUAGAAAAGUAAAAGUAAAAAGAAUCACGAACAUGACAUAUUAUUAUUUGGAUAGGCUAAGGCCUUGAAUUCACCAGUUAGAUUUACUAAAUGUUAAUUAACUCAAAAUACAGAAUUAUACUUUGUUAACUUACAACUUGAACUUGAUGAGAUUAUCAAUCCUAAGGAAGUUCAAAUCUACAUGAAGGUCCAAUUAAAAAAAAGAUAUAUAGAAAUGAUCUCUAAAAGUAUUAAACUUAACUUCAGAAAUUCCCCUGUCAAUAUAUGCCAAGAUAUCUUAUAAGACUCCAAGUAUUAUCUUCUCAAAUGA